UUCACUGUCCAUUCCUUAUUUGGUUCCGUUUUUUGUUCUCAACGUAUUUCAAGCUCUCCCGCCUCCCCAGAGAGAGCUUGCAAGUCUUUAUAUGGAUAGACCAUGAAUGCAAGAAGUACAUUGGGUGGAGCGUUGAUGGUAAAAUAAUAGAUCGAUACUGAGCUCAAAACUCCACGAAUUUGCAACAUUUCGAACUACAAGGAGGAAAUAUGCCUUUUGAGGCCUUGGAUUGGUUCUGCCAGCCGGUGGCAAAUAGUAUAUGGGCAAAAGCAGUUGAUAGUGCCUUCGGGUCGUACACACCUUGUGCAAUUGACUCUCUAGUGGUAUCUUCUUGUCAUUUGGUACUUCUUGGGCUUUGCUUCUACAGAACGUGGCUGAUUUUGAAGGAUGCUAAAGUGAAGAGGUUUCGUUUGACCUCUAAUUGUUAUAAUUACAUGCUUGCUGUGAUUGCUGGUUGUUGUUUUGUUGUGCCUUUACUAAGGUUAUCCAUGGGUAUAGCGAUUUUUAGCCUUGACGAUCAGACUGGCUUUGCUCCUUUUGAGGUGAUUUGCUCAAUCGUGGAGUCUCUUUCUUGGUGCUCGGUGUUAGUGAUGAUUGUUGUGGAGACUAAAAUUUAUAUCCGUGAAUUCCGUUGGUACAUACGAUUUGGACUAAUCUAUGUUAUGGUAGGGGAUGUUGUGCUAUUAAAUCUUGUACUCCCACUUUCAGAUUACUAUAGCAGUGCAGAUCUCUGUAUGAUCAUCACCACAUUUUCUUUCCAGGUGCUUUUUGCAGUACUUCUUCUUGCUUAUGUCCCUAAUUUGGAACCAUAUCCUGGUUAUGUUGUCAUGCAAUCUGAGUAUGUUGACAACAUGGACUAUGAAACACUUCCGGGAGAAGAGCAUGUCUGUCCCGAGAGGCACGCUAAUCUCUUUUCUAGAAUAUAUUUUGGGUGGGUGACUCCACUUAUGAAGCAGGGCUAUCGAAAACCUAUAGCCGAAAAGGAUAUUUGGAGGUUGGACGUCUGGGAUCGAACCGAGACACUAAUUGGAAGGUUCCAGAGAUGCUGGGCUGCAGAAGUUCAAAUGCCUAAGCCUUGGCUCUUAAGAGCAUUGAAUCGAAGCCUCGGAAGAAGGUUCUGGUUGGGAGGUUUUUUCAAGGUUGGCAAUGACCUCUCUCAGUUUGUUGGGCCGAUAAUAUUGAACCAUUUAUUACAGUCGAUGCAACGGGGAGAUCCAACUUGGAUUGGUUUCGUGUAUGCAUUCGCAAUUUUCGUUGGUGUGUCAUCUGGAGUGCUAUGCGAAGCUCAGUACUAUCAGAAUGUUAUGCGAGUUGGUUUUCAACUCAGGUCUACUCUGGUGGCUGCUAUUUUUCGCAAAUCACUCAGAUUGACUCAUGAGGGGCGCAAGAAUUUCCCAUAUGGGAAAAUUACAAAUAUGAUAUCAACAGAUGCUAACGCCCUUCAACAAAUAUGUCAACAGCUUCAUGGGAUAUGGUCUGCCCCAUUUCGUAUUAUCAUGUCAAUGAUUCUUCUAUACCAGCAAUUGGGUGUUGCUUCACUUUUUGGGGCUUUAACUCUAGUCUUGACGGUUCCUAUGCAGACUGUAAUUUUUAGUAAAAUGCGAAAACAAACAAAGAAGGGACUUCAGGGGACAGAUAAAAGGGUUGAACUCACAAAUGAAAUUUUAGCAGCCAUGGACACUGUGAAAUGCUAUGCAUGGGAAGCAAGCUUUUCAUCCAGAGUUCAAGAAAUAAGGAAUGAUGAGCUCUCGUGGUUUCGUAAGGCACAAUUACUUUAUGCGUUAAACGGUUUUAUUAUGAAUAGCCUCCCAGUGUUUGUAACUGUAAUUUCCUUUGGGGUAUUCACAUUGCUUGGUGGAGAUCUGACUCCUGCAAGGGCCUUUACAUCACUUUCCCUGUUUGCAGUGCUUCGUUCUCCUCUAAACAUGCUUCCUAAUUUAUUAAGUCAGGUUGUAAAUGCACAUGUAUCAUUACAGCGUAUGGAGGAACUCUUCUUGACUGAAGAGAGAAUUCUUGCCCCAAAUCCACCGCUGGAACCUGGGCUUCCAGCAAUAUCCAUAAAAAAUGGAUGUUUUUCAUGGGAUUCCAAGGUAGAGAAGCCGACAUUAUCUAAUGUCAAUUUGCAUAUAGAAGUUGGCAGCUUAGUUGCAGUGGUUGGAGGUACUGGCGAAGGAAAAACGUCACUUAUAAUGGCAAUGCUAGGGGAGCUGCCUCCCUUGGCAGACACAAACAUUGUUGUCAGAGGGACAGUGGCUUAUGUUCCUCAGGUGUCAUGGAUUUUCAAUGCCACUGUUCGUGACAAUAUAUUAUUCGGAUCGGAGUUUGAAUCAAACCGUUAUUGGAAGGCCAUUGAUGUCACUUCCUUGCAACAUGAUCUUGAAUUGCUUCCUGGUCGUGAUCACACCGAGAUUGGUGAAAGAGGUGUAAACAUAAGUGGUGGUCAAAGACAACGAGUUUCUAUGGCUAGAGCUGUAUAUUCGAAUUCUGAUGUUUACAUUUUUGAUGAUCCUUUAAGUGCUCUAGAUGCUCAUGUUGGUCAGCAGGUUUUUAACAGAUGUAUCAAGGAAGAGUUGGGAGGGAAAACCAGGGUGCUUGUCACAAACCAAUUACAUUUUCUUCCCCAGGUCGACAAAAUUAUUCUGAUUUCCGAAGGCAUUGUUAUAGAGGAAGGAACCUUUGAGAAACUCUCCAGAAACAGCAAACAUUUCCAGAAGCUAAUGGAAAAUGCCGGGAAACUGGAAGAACAAAUGGAAGAAAAACAAUACAAUAAACACCAUUACCAAGAAAGUCCGAUGCCUCCUAAUGGUGGACUCGGGAAUAAAUUUCCAGAAGACACAAGUUAUGCAAGAAAACGGAAAGGAAAGAACUCUGUACUAAUCAAGAAGGAGGAGAGAGAGACAGGAGUAGUAAGUUGGAAGGUGUUAAUGAGGUAUAAGGAUGCAUUAGGAGGUACUUGGGUAGUUAUCGUACUCUUUUCAUUUUAUCUGCUGAUAGAAGUCCUUCGAGUUUCGACUAGCACAUGGUUAAGCUUUUGGACAAAGAAAAGCACUUCAGAAAAUUAUAACGCUGGAUACUACAAUCUCAUCUAUACAGCGUUGUCCUUUGGCCAGGUGACCUUUACACUAGCAAACUCUUAUUGGUUAAUCAUUUCAAGCCUUCGUGCGUCUAGAAAAUUGCACGAUUUCAUGCUAAAUUCAAUUCUAAGAGCUCCAAUGGUGUUCUUCCAUACCAAUCCAAUUGGACGAAUUAUCAAUAGGUUUGCCAAAGAUCUUGGAGACAUUGAUCGUACUCUUGCCAAUAUUAUGAGUGCGUUUCUUGGACAACUGUGGCAACUACUGUCAACUUUUGUUCUAAUAGGUCUUGUGAGCCCAAUCUCCCUAUGGGCCAUUACGCCGCUAUUGAUUGUGUUUUAUGCAGCCUAUUUAUAUUAUCAGAGUACCUCACGUGAAGUCAAACGCUUGGAUUCGAUUACUAGAUCUCCGGUGUAUGCUCAAUUUGGGGAAGCGUUAAAUGGUCUGUCAACUAUUCGUGCAUACAAGGCAUAUGAUCGAAUGGAAAGCAUCAACGGGAGGUUCGUGGAUAAUAACAUCAGGUUUACUCUUGCAAAUAUCAGUUCGAAUCGCUGGCUCACAAUAAGGUUGGAAACAUUAGGAGGCCUUAUGAUCUGGUUGACAGCAACUUUUGCUGUCUUGCAGAAUGCAAGAGAAGAAAACCAGGUGGCCUUUGCAUCUACGAUGGGAUUACUUUUAAGUUAUACCCUAAACAUCACAAACUUGUUAAGUGGUGUUCUAAGACAAGCAAGUAGGGCUGAAAAUGGUUUAAACGCUGUUGAACGUGUUGGCAUAUACAUCGAUUUGCCUUCAGAGGCUCCAGCUAUAAUCGAGUAUAACCGCCCCCCUUCUGGUUGGCCUUCAUCUGGAUCGAUUCAUUUUGAGGAUGUUGUCUUACGUUAUAGGCCUGGACUUCCUCCAGUCUUGCAUGGGCUAUCCUUUAAUAUUUUACCAACUGACAAGCUAGGAAUAGUUGGAAGAACUGGUGCAGGAAAAUCAAGCAUGUUGAAUGCAUUAUUUCGAAUUGUAGAGAUCGAACUAGGACGAAUAACAAUUGAUGGCUAUGACAUUGCUAAGGUUGGGCUAACAGAUUUGCGGAAAUCUCUAACUGUUAUACCUCAAUCACCAAUUCUUUUUUCAGGAACUGUACGUUUUAAUCUCGAUCCGUUCUGUGAACAUAAUGAUGCUGACUUGUGGGAGGCUCUUGAGAGAGCACAUCUUAAGGAUGUAAUUAUGAGAAGCUCUUUUGGCUUGGAUUCUGAGGUUUCGGAAGGAGGAGAAAAUUUCAGCGUUGGACAAAGGCAACUGAUAAGCCUUGCUAGAGCGUUGUUGAGAAGAUCAAAGAUAAUUGUUCUUGAUGAAGCAACGGCAGCUGUUGAUGUUAACACAGACUCUCUGAUACAGAAAACCAUCCGUGAGGAGUUCAAAUCAUGCACUAUGCUGAUAAUUGCUCAUCGGUUAAACACGAUUAUUGACUGUGAUCGGAUUCUCGUGUUGGAUAAGGGUCAGGUCAUAGAAUAUGAUGCCCCUGAAAAGCUGCUUUCAAAUGAAGAAAGCGCUUUCUAUAGAAUGGUUCAAAGUACAGGGCCUGCAAAUGCCCAGUACUUAUGCAGCUUAGUUCUUGGAAAAGAAGAGACCAAUCCACGUGAUGAAAACCAGUUACUUCAGAAUGGUCAUGGGAGAUGGCUAGCAAAAACCCACUGGAUGACUGCUGCUCAAUUUGCUCUGUCCAGAAGUCUUGCUGCCUCUCAAAAUGAUCUCAGAAGGCCAGACAUUGAUACUGUUUAUGGGAAUGAUAUCAUUGGGAAAGCAAAAGAUGCAGUUCUAACGCUGCAUGGAGUUUUGGAGGGGAAACACGAUGGACUAAUCGACGAAGUACUAACUAGAGACUCGAUUCCUAGAUACGGUUGGUGGUCGUCUUUCUACCGAACAAUUGAAGGGCUGGCUGUGAUGAGCAGAUUGCACAAUUACAACAAGCUUGGUGAUGGUGAAGAUGAUGAAGCUGAAGAGAGGCCGUUUGAUUGAAACCAAAGUUCUUUAUUGUUAUCAUUUUGGAAUAAAACCAUGUUCUUGUCGUCUUCUUGGUCGAGAGAGAUAUUUUAGUUAAUAUUCCUCGUAUCAAAUUAAGCUUAAUGAUACAGUUAAAAAUUAAUAAAAGUUGACAAUGUUUUGAGGGG